ACUUAUUUGUUACAGAAGACUUUAUAAUGUCGAAGAAAUGUAUGUUAUUUGAAAAAAAAGAUGAAGAAAAGGUUUUGGCUGAAUUUGGAAUAACAUCACAAACAUUGGGAAAUAACAUUCAGGCAGUUAAAGAAUGGCUGAAGAAACAAUCGUAUCUACCGGAAAUUCACGAUGAUAACGUUAUCAAAAGUUUCUUGUCGUAUGGUAAGUUCAGUGUGGAAGAAACUAAAGGGAUUUUAGAUUUUUAUUACACGUUUCGUUCAACUUUUCCUGCCCUCUUUAAACACCCCUCGGACAGCGAAAUGAAAAGGGUAGCGGAUAUAUUCUAUUUCAUACCGUUACCUUAUCAGACAGAAGAUUUGAAAACCAUCCUUUAUGCAAAAAUAAAAGACGCCGACCCCAAUCAUUUUGACUGGAAUUGUAUCAUCGCUCACAUGUUAAAUGUUCAUGAUCUCAUGAUUGCCGAAGGAUUUAUAGGUUUUACGAUAGCAAUAAUCGACUUAUCGGGUAUAAAAAUGGCCCACUUCUCUCUAGUAGAUAUAUCCAUUUUAAAGAAAUCACAAACUUUGAUGCAGAAGGUUUUUCGAAAAAACUUUAAGGGUGCCUACAUUAUAAAUACUCCACCUGGAUGGGAUGCCUUUUUUAAAAUCAUCUUACCCGUCAUUAAUAAUAAGAAAAUAAAGAUUGUCGUUGAUCCUGAUUCAUCAAUUUGUUUUAAUUUAUUUUCAAAAAAGCUACUACCAAUCGAGGCAGGAGGGGAAGGCGUAUCUUUAGAAGAGAUGCAAAAAAUCGUGAAAGAAAAAUUCAUGGAAUACAAAACGUACUUCGAUCAUUUACAAAGCAUUAAACUGGAUGAGAGGUUUCGUGGAGGACCCUCGACGGAUAGUGAGAUUUUUAGCGGUUUACAGGGACAUUUUCAAAAAUUGGAAAUCGACUAAUAGCUAAUAGAUAUUAGAAUAAAUAAUCUAUCAUGUACCACUUAUGUACCUACAC